AUGGAACUGCAAGGCCACGCAAUGCCACUGGACGUAGACCAGAGAGAUCUCCGAGCUUGGAAGCUCGAGAAGAGCGACCCGCUAGGAGAAUCGAGGGCUACGGCUACGGAACUCGGCAAGAACCGAAUUGAUUACCGAACAAGACUACAUGAUAUAUGGCAAGACACCAGACCGGAUUUUGAGAGAACACCACAACAGCUGUCCGGCCAAGUACGUGCUAUACUGAGACGUAAAGCUCUAUCAGAGGCUGAACUUGAAGCCUUGAAGCAGGAAGUGUCAGCUGAAUUACAAAAUGACCGAGGCAAUGGAAGACGCCCCUCUGCGCAAAACGUUAGACGAACGCCAACACAAGCACACCAAAAUGAACCAGUAGCAAAUGUUAGAAUGCUACCACGACGCUCAACGAUGGCAGCGCAAAUGACGAACGAAGAUACUGAAAAUGAACUCCAACUAUUAAUCGCAGAAUAUCGUGGCCUUCCAAUGAAUGUCCGAACGGCUAUACCCCGAGUGGCAUACAGCAAAUACACCAAAACCAUUUAUUUAGUCAUUAGCCUAAUAGCUACAAUAGCUACUUGUGAUGAGAAAAGUGUUCCAACAAGAGAAAAAGAAUUGUCAAACUUAUUACAAACAAUUGAAGACACGCCAUCAAUAUCUGUUAUAGAAGACUUAGUUGUGCUGGAAAAGUCUAAUUCAACCCUUAUAAGUGAAGCUAGAGGUGAUGAAGAUAUAGUGGACAGAUGUGCAAGAUUUUUGGCAGAGCGUGAAUUGAAAAUUAAAUUGCCUACAAGUGAAGCAAGAGAUUUACUUUCAGCAGAAUCGAGAGGUAAGAAGAAAAGAAUCGCAAGAAUCCUGCUUCCAAUUCUGCUCCUCCUAAAAGUCAAAGCAGCCAUCAUCCUACCAAUAAUUCUCUCCAUCAUAGCCUUAGUAUCAUUUAAGGGCUUUGGCCUGAGCCUUGCCGCUUUAGCUGUAGCUGGAAGUACAGCCUUCAAAAAUAUCUUAGAACAUGUUGGAUCUAAAUCUAUUUCAUAUGAAGUCGUACCUUCGCCUGUAGGACACUGGAGCAGAUCUGGUAAUGUCGAGGGUACUUUACCUUUGGGGUACCAGUUAUAA